AUGCUUGUGGCGUUGUUCAUUUGGUCAUGGUUCGGCCCGAGCUGGUCGGAUCGCGGCAUGAAAGAGCUUGAGCUUCACGAGAUCCACGCCCAUGCCGACGCGGUGCUUCAGGAGAAUCACACUGAGACCCGCGGAUGCGACCCAGGGAAGACCCUUCCUGCGCAGAUCCCAGCACUGAACUACGGUGCAAAGCCAACGACGACGCUUUCAAACCAAUGCUGGGAGAGGUGUUCAGCGGCAGAGACAUCUGGAAAACAUUUCAGCGAUUCAGCAUUGAAGUUUGUUCAGGGUAUGGCCCAGGACAACGGGAUCGUCAAAGCUUUGAUCUACGGAGGCUUGCAUGUCUCUGGCGUGCUUCCAGAUUGGGAUGUGGAUUAUGCUUGCAAGAGCACCUUCGACCUCAUUGUGCUGAAGUGCCCGAGAGGCUACUUUAAGUCUUCUGCAUGCCGAUUGAAUGCCGACUACUUUACGAGAAGCAACCCGCUUUGUGCAGCGGCAUAUGAUGGCUUAGGAAAGAACAAUGGGGAGUACCGAUGUGCUGUGGUGAACUGGUGGGACACUUGCUGCUCCACAAAACAGCCUCAGCAGGAUGAUGACUGCCCCCAAUGCGGCCAGGACCAGUACUUCUGCACCUGA